AUGAAAGAUAUGAUUGAUCAUUUUGAUACAUCAGAUUACAAAGAAAAUAAUGAAUAUGGCAUACCUAGAGAAGAAACUCGUUUGCUGCCAUCUCCAUACGAGUCGAACUGCACAGACUAUUUACAGACUUGGAGAGAACGCGGUGGUAAAGCUCCUGUAAAUCAACUGGGUGUUUUUCAGGAAUGCCGUGUGAAUAAGACCCUUGAAUCUGUCAAUUGUAUUCCCUUGGAUAUAGACUAUCCUCAUACGUAUAACGUUUGCCGAGCGUGUACUGAAGAAUGUCCACCUCCUGUUAAUGUAAGUGAAUGCUCUAUGUUAACAGAGCGCUACAACCAACCCUGCGACUCCAUAACUUAUACUGUGUCGCGAAAAAGGAAAGCUGUGUACGUGUAUGAUGACGAUGGCAUAGAGAAAAAAGUGCUAGAGCGUAACUGUUCUGGAAGGAGGAUGUGGGAUCAAGAGUGUUUUUUGAUCGAUAUUGAAGCCAUCUUUGAUAAAUUCGAAGUAACCAAGUACACUUAUAAGCCGAAAUUUGAGAACUUGGAACUCUUUAGUGUUAUUGGCGGCUACAUGGGAAUGUGGCUUGGAAUUUCUCUACUUGGCAGUUAUGACAUCAUUCUGGAUACUAUAAUUCGAAUUAAUAAACAAAGGAAACGUAAGUCUCAAAUAAGAAAUUUUCAUGAUAAAAAUAACUCCAAUGAAUUCCAUUUCAAACUCCCUGAUUCAGUAAAAACUGGCACUAACCAAAGACAAAUGAAAAGAAUGUACUAA